GUGGUCCCAUCCUCCAUCCUCUCGUCCCUGUCCCUCUGUGUGACCUCAAUGGCCUCUCACCUGCCGACCAAUGGCCACCGGGCGGGAGAGGAGGUCAGACCCUGUGUGAGCUCCCAGAUGCUGAUGAACCAGCCCAUGAGCCACACAAACACUCAGAAUGUGAGCCCCCAGGUCUACACAGGAACUCCUUUCCAGAGCAUGCUGCAGGUCUGGAGGGAACUGGGCGGGUUCGACUGGGACGGGGCGGCCGACGCCGCCCUCUGCUACACACCUCCGCCCAUGCUGAACCCCCACCGGCGUGGGACGGGCCUGUUCUGCAGCCUAGCUGUGGCCAACAGGGAUCGGAGCGCAGAGGAUGGGGAGAGAGCCUUAAUUCACAGGGGCAUAAACAUUGGCCCAGGGUUCCAAGCUGAGCUGCCCAGUUUGUUGACAGGGGACGUUAAGGAGGAUGAUGAUGAGGAGGAGUUAUACACAGAUGAACCUCUCCCAGAGCAGUUUCUAUGGAAACCAUGGGAGGACCUGGAUAAUGACACCACACUUCAGGAACAAGUUGAGAGGGUGUUGGAGCUGUGCAGUUCCAGAGCGAUACCAGGAGGGGGCACCAACGUGGAGCUUGCUCUGCACUGCCUACACCACUGCCAGGGUGACAUAAUGGCCGCAGUGGAGCUGCUGCUCUUCUCCCAUCCAUUCCCUGCGGGCGACUACCAUUACUCAGGGAGCGAUGUCUGGCAUUUGAACGAGAAGAGAUUGUUCUUCAAAGGCUACGCCAUGUAUGGCAAAGAGUUCUCUCUCAUCGCAAAAAUGGUGAAGACAAAGAAAGUUUCCCAGUGUGUGGAGUUCUACUAUCUUUCCAAAAGGCUCCCUGACAAACAGAGACGGCAGAGGGAGAGGGAGAGGGAACAAGAGCUGGAACAGGAGGCUAGAGCAGCCACAGUCAACAGAGUCCCUCUGGCGUCUAAAGCUCUGACUGGAGUGGAGGGUGUGCUUCGAACCCCAUCGCUGGCCACAAGCUUCCCAUGCAAACAGUGUGGAAAAAUGUUCUACAAGAUCAAAAGCAGGAACGCUCACAUGAAGAUCCAUCGCCAGCAGCAGCAGGAGACCUGGCCUGACGGCCACGGCCCAAAUAAGAAUCUCACCGUGACCCAGCAGAGCCAUGUUCUGGUGCAGCCUGCGCAGAACCACCCGCUACUGUCCCAGAAUCUCCUGCAGAACCUGGUUCAGUCUCAGGCCUGUCUCACUUUCCUACAGAACCCCAAGUGUGGACCUUCCAUAGUGGGUCUCGGCACCAACCCCAACAUCGUCUCAAAAUCCUCCCCCCUGUCCCUCUAUCAGUCUGCCCUCCCCACAUGGGACGCCUUCCAGGGGCCCUCUGAUUCGGAAACUCUGUACUAUGACCCGGAAGGGAAAGCCAUGCUGGGUGCCACCAUUGGAGCGAAAGGUCAAAUUCAAUGGCCAUAGGAGUCAGACAGCGUUAAUGUGUUUAACUGUAAAAUUCCCGGACUCAUUAUCAUUGAUAGUGUAUACAUUUUUGUGUAAAUAAUGUUUAUACAUUUUUAAUAUUUCAAUACCAUAUAUUUUUAGGAAUGCCUACCUUUGGUCAAUAAAGUUCGUUUUUGGUAUAUGUGGAUUUUUUUUGUGUGAUUAAAAAGCAAUUAAUUUAAGGUUCAAUUUAUGUUUUACAGAAGCCAUACAAGGACAUACACAUAUAGAAACAAUCACAGUUUGCAC